UGAUAUUUGUGUUUGUGUUGAUAUUUGUAGCUGCUGUAUAUAAUUGUUUGUGUUGAUCCAUUUUCACUUGACUCCUCACAUAACUAAACGACUCUUGUAAGAUCCCUCCUAUUGGUCAAAAGCCAAAGACUCGGAUCGGCACUAUUUCACUCGUGGCCGUCGAUAGUAUCGUAAUCCAACGGCCCAAAUCUCACGACAUUUUUCAUCACAACACAAUCACUCUCUCUUAGUUAAAACCCACAGCAUCAGCCCCUUUUGUUUCUCAUCUCCUCAAAUCCUCUGCAAUUAUCAGUUAAUUUGUAGCAAUCAGACGGAAAAAGGUGAAAAAUGGACACCAGCGGGAAGGUGAAGAAGGGAGCCGGCGGCAGAAAGGGCGGUGGGCCGAAGAAGAAACCGGUUACCCGAUCCGUGAAAGCUGGUCUGCAAUUUCCGGUCGGUAGGAUCGGCCGGUACCUGAAGAAGGGCCGGUACGCCCAGCGGGUGGGCAGUGGCGCGCCGGUUUACAUGGCCGCCGUGCUGGAGUACCUUGCCGCUGAGGUUUUGGAAUUGGCUGGUAAUGCUGCAAGAGACAACAAGAAGAAUAGGAUCAAUCCAAGGCAUGUUCUUCUUGCUGUGAGGAAUGAUGAGGAGCUCGGGAAGCUUCUUGCUGGUGUGACGAUUGCACAUGGUGGAGUUAUUCCGAACAUAAACCCGGUUCUUUUGCCCAAGAAAUCCGAGAAAACAGCUGAGAAGGCACCUAAAUCACUGGCUAAGGCCACCAAGUCUCCCAAGAAAGCUUAAGUUAGAGCUGUUUCUUGUUGAAUGGUGGGAUUGAAUGACUGUUAUUUUUCUUAGGGGCUGCUGUGUUAUUCUGGAUAUGUUGGGUGGGUUGUGUUGUUUAUAACUUGAGUAAUUUGUAUUUUUAUCCUUGAUGUCUCAUGAUUUGAAUCUAAUGGCAAGUUAGUUUCUCUCAGUGAUAUUGCUUCACUAAUGGGAUAAUAAAUCAAAUUUCUUUUUAGUCCUCCUAGUAAUGUAAUUUACUGAAAACUUAUGCCUAGCCUUUAUCUGGUAUAUUGUGUGUGAUGCAAUUGUAUUGUGCUGAAAUUGUUCUUUCAUGACUUUGGAUGUGUUUAAUGGCUGAAUCAAACCAAUUGAUGUUGCAACUUGCAAGUGUGAUAUAUUUGGAUUAUUCUGAUCUAAAUGGUUGCUAGUUUUGAUGUGGAAACUGGAAAGCUUUCAAUUUUCAUACAUUCACUUG